AUUGGCCUGAGUGUGACUGGCACUGACUGAGCGCAUGGCUUAUGCAGACUCUCCACCAAUUGGGUUGGCGCUUACUCCCUGGGAGCUUUCUGUAUUGCGGCUGCUGCUGCCGGCUGCUGGGUUGUGUCUCCCCACUGGGUAGCAUCUAGUUUCUCUUCGUGGUCCUGUGUCCCUGUGAUGAUGAGGAUGGUAGUGUCUGUCAUGUCCCUGUGUGCCCCCAGUUCCUACGCCUUCAUCUAGCGACUGGCACACUAUUGAUCGUUUAACGACCCGUCGUGUGUCCAGAGAUAUCAGGGGAAUUGAAGGGAAAACGUGCCUGGAAUUGGAUCGGAUGCUGGUUGUCCUGGAGGUCACUUUGCAAUCAUGGAAAUUUAAAGAAAGAAACGUCCGCAGAGUGGGGGGUGGGGCCCUCCCUCUGGCCUAGCUGCCUCAUCUCUCAGUACUGGACCCAUGGCAUGAACUUAGAGGAAUAUAUUGCACAAAUCUAUUUUUAUAUACACUUUGGGUUGGGGACAGACUAAACUUGUUUACAUUUGUAUAAAUAUAUAUAUAUGUAUAUAUAAAUAUUACGGUGCCAAAGGAUCUUUUUUUUUUUUUUUAAACUCACCAAGAAGAAAACUUUGCCAUAUGCAGCUGGCCUGUCUAAGUUCUAUUAUUGGAAUUUGGAUUCUUUACUCUUAGCAAUUUUACCAGAAAACUUACUCCGCCUCGGGAAACGGCAAGGAUGGAUCUGAUAUGGCCAGAAUGCACUAUGCGGUGCCGCUCUCUCCAGCACGCUUUGGAUGUAAUAUCUGUGGUGACCAGGGGAAGCGAGCAGCAGAUCCAGGCAUUUCUCUCUUCUUAUUGCUGCAAUGCCACCACAUUAAAGGAUGACCUUGGGCGCAAUGUUGUGCAUAUUGCUGCAUCCUGUGGCAAAAAAAGGGUUGUGGACUGGUUAGCUGCAAAAGGUGUUGACUUAUCAGUUAAAGACAAAGAAUCUGGGUGGACAGCUUUGCACAGGAGCAUCUUCUAUGGGCGUAUAGAUUGUGCUUUGUCCCUCUUAAAGCAUGGCAGUAAUCCUAAUUUCCAGGAUAAAGAUGGUUUCACUGCUCUGGACCUUGUAAUGAAAGACCGUCCAUCCCACAUUGUUUUCCAAACUAGCGACCCCACUGAACUGUAUACUUGGGGAAAUAAUAUAAAUUUCACCUUGGGGCAUGGCAGCCAACAGAGCAAGCAUCAUCCUGAAUUGGUGGACAUGUUCCCUCGUUCUGGCAUAUAUAUCAAACAGGUGGUGCUGUGUAAAUUUCAUUCAGUAUUCCUUUCUCAGAAAGGCCAGAUGUACACUUGUGGUCAUGGACAGGGGGGGCGGCUUGGUCAUGGCGAUGAACUCACAUGCCUGGUUCCAAGACUGGUGGAAGGUUUGGCUGCUCAUUUAUGUAUUCAGGUGGCUGCUGCAAAGGACCAUACCGUAGCACUAACUGAAGAUGGAUAUGUUUACACCUUUGGCUUAAAUACAUUUCACCAACUGGGAAUCCUGUCAUCCCCCUCAAACUGUAACAGCCCAAAGCAGGUGCAGGCUAAAACUUUGAAAGGCAAGACUGUAAUAGGGGUGGCUGCUGGAAGGUUUCACACUGUGUUGUGGACUAAAGCAGCUGUGUAUACAAUGGGACUCAAUGCUGGUCAAUUAGGAUAUUUGCUAGACCCUAACGGAGAAAAGCACGUCAACUGUCCUCGGCAGAUCUCUGCUCUGCAUCAUAAAGACAUCAGUAUAUCUCUUGUGUCUGCCAGUGAUGGAGCUACAGUCUGUGUCAGUGAGAGGGGAGACAUUUAUCUCCUUACCGAAUACCAGUGCAAGAAGCUAGCAUCUAAGCAAUUAAACUUAAAGAAGGUCCAUGUUUCUGGAGGAAUUCUAGAUCAUAAGGCAGAUACACAAAGUCUCAAAGAAAAUGGUGGCCAGCCUGUUUGCUUUCUUGCCUUGGAUCAAGCCGGCAGAGUAUUUUGUUGGAAAUCUACCAGCAGUUCCAUUAAGCAGUGCCGAUGGGUUUAUGGGAGACAAGUAUUUAUGUCUGACUUUGCCCUAAAUAAGAAUGAAAUGCUGUUUGUCACACAAGAAGGAGAAGGAUAUAGUGGAAAGUGGAUGUCUGAAAGAAAAAUCCAUAUUGAUAAAAAAGAGCAUUCAGUAUCAGACUCUGCUCACCCCGAUUUGCACAGCAUGUAUGAAAGAAUUAGUCUUCAGAAGCUUCCCUUUGUCCACAGGGCUGUUAGUGUAACAACAGAUCCUAAUGGAUGUAACUUUGCUGUGUUGCAAUCUGAUCCAAAAACAAGCCUUUUUGAAGUUCCUGUUGUGUCUUCCUCCAUUUUUACUGAAGAUUUUAAGAAACUUCUUAAUGAAGUAGAUGAGUUGGAUAACAUCCAUGAUGUGACUUUCUUACUGGGUUCCCAAAGUUUUCCAGCACAUAAGUACAUUCUGGCCAUGAAAUGUGACUUCUUCCGAAGGCUGUUUUUUUCUGGGGACAGUAAUCAGAUUGAUUUUCCAGAUCUGUACCAUAAUGGGGAGGAUGCCGCGGGGUGUGAUGUGUUUGUUAUUGAGAAAAUUCCUCCUGGGCUUUUUACCUACAUCUUGCAGUUUGUGUACACAGACACAUGUGAUAUGUUAGUACAAGGUCACAAACCGAGAGCCAUUCAAAAUGAGAAAAUAGAAGAAAAUAAAGACAAUAUCAUCUCAGAUUUUCAGAAGAUUAGUUUUAAUGAAGAUAUGAAAGGAAAGUCUGCCUACGAGGUUUACAGGAACAGUGAGAUCUGUGCAGACAAUGAAAAGAAGAAAGGCAAAUCAAAGCCUUCCAAGAAGCCCAAAUAUGUUAGUGAAGAAACUAGCCCUGUGAAAAUGCUGCAGAAUCUAGCCAAGAGGUUUGGGCUGAGCAAUCUAAGUUCAAGACUGGAUGGAGUCAGAUAUGAAAAUGGAGCCAUAGUUGUUGUCCAGAAGAAGAGUGGGAACAAGCCAAGAUUCAGCCAACAUAAAUACUCUUCACUAUGUGAUGUGACCAUGAGGUCAGAAGAUGGAAAAGAAUUCCACUGCCAUAAAUGUGUUCUGUGUGCAAGACUUGAAUACUUUAAUAGCAUGCUUAGCAGCACAUGGAUUGAGGCAACAUGCUGUACGGCUCUAGAAAUGCCUGUCCACUCAGAUGUGUUACAUGUCAUUAUUGAUUAUAUAUAUACAGAUGAAGCUCCUGCUGUCAAAGGGUCUUCAAAUGUGGAAUUUAUUUGCAAUGUCCUAGUUAUGGCAGACCAGCUGCUCAUUGUUCGUUUGAAGGAGAUGUGUGAAGUCACUCUUACUGCAAAACUUACUCUGAAGAAUGCGGCUGAAUUACUGGAAUUUGCUGCUUUGUACAAUGCUGACCAGCUCAAACUUUCCUGCUUGCAGUUUAUAGGAUUAAACAUGGCAGCACUAUUGGAAGCAAGGUCUUUGGAUGUACUGAGUGAUGAUGUGCUUAAGGACCUGGCGGAAUCUUAUAGAAGAAUGAUCCCUGCCAUGGACAAGAGACUGAUCACACCAUACUUGGAUGGACCAGAUAUUAGCACCUUAGAGUUGGAAGAUGGCGACCGUGUCAUGUCUGCUGGGGAUGACUGUUUCUCUGAACAAACUACUCCGGAAACACUUUUCAAGAAAGCUAAAACAAGAUCCAAAAGGAAACCAAGGAAGCGAUCAGACAGCUCUGGAGGCUAUAACCUUUCAGACGUCAUCCAAAGCCCACCAUCCACAGGAGUUUUUAAAUCUGAAAAAAACAAUUCUGUAGAGUCGCUGCAGGACUUACUGACAUCUGAUUCUGAAGGAAGCUUUGUAGGCGCAAGUAGCCCCAGAGAAUUACAGUCACCUGACUUCACGGCCAACUUUAGCCCAGAAAAAAUUGAGGUAAAAAAUAAAAUUUGUGAUGCAAGUGUCAUCUCCUCGCCACCUCCAGCAAAUAGAUCUACUGUUAAAAAGAUGUCAAAAGUAACAGUUUCCUCUCCAAAAGCUAUCCCCAGCCCCGGGACUGCUCCAGCCAUUUCUCCUAACUGGGUUGCUGUAUCUUUCAGCCCCAUUAGUCCUCCAACUGUGGAUCUCAGAACAAUCAUGGAAUUAGAAGAAAGUGUACAGAAAUGUGGAGCUACGCCUAAGCUGAGUGCUGGAGGACAGAAGUCAGCAGUUCUUGGUACAAAGCUUUCUCAGAAGCAGAGGAAAAUGAUGGCAAUGUCCUUUAAGGAGAGUAAUGUCAGUGGAGAAUCUCCCACAAAUAAGGGUUCUACAGCUACAAAUAAGAAUACACCAAAGUCCUGGGCUUCCUCUUUACAUUUGGGGGGAGAAAAGAAGCCAUUCCGUGAGCUAUUUGAAGAACAAAAGUCUGUCAUCUUGAAUUCACUUGGAGAUACUGUCAAACAAAUUGCACACACAGAGGAAAUGGAUCCUCAUAAAUCUGCAAGAAAACAAUCUGAAACUGUGACCCAUGAAUCCAAGUUAAAAUGUGAUGCGCCACAGCAAGAGAGUUCCAAUCCAUGGCUUUUGUUAUUAAGCAAAAACACAGCAUCCGUGGUCCCUGUAACUUUUACCACCAUUGUUGAAGAAGAAAAACAGCAAGAAGCUGCCCUUAUUAGAAGCAGAGAGAAGCCUCUGGCCCUUAUCCAGAUUGAAGAGCGCGCAAUUCAGGAUCUGUUAAUUCAUUAUCAAGCACUAGACAACCCUGAUGAAUAUAUAACCAUUGAGCGGUCAGCACAAGGACCCAUGGCAGCGCCAGUAUGGAACAAGCAUUGAUUGUGACAUUGAGCUAUUAAAGAGAAAAUAGAUUAUAUAUAUUUUUUUUUUAAUUAUUAUUAUUAUUUUUUUCAAUGUGCGUGUGUGUUUGCAAGUAAAUGGGAUAAAAUGUAAACGCUACACAAGUGACAUAUAAUAAGUAGUAAGUAUUAAUUUUACUUUAUUGGCCAUACCCAGGUACAGACUUUACUUUUAAUUUUUCAUAUUUGCAAGUUUAAUAUCAUUGGGUAUUUAUGAUUUGUUCAGUAUAGACUGUUUGACAUACAGAAAAAAUUGUUACAUUACUGUUUCGAGUGAAAUGAGCCUUAUUGCAAAUAAAAGUGUGAAUUGAU